AUCCAGACCCAAGGAUUUCCCUUGGACACCAAGAUGUCAAUUGUAGCCAGCCAACGUUCGGUUCUUUAUAUCCAUUCGAUCCCGCCUGCUCAACCAGCUCUCCGUCACCCAGUUCACUUGGAGAAGCCGAUCAACUUGAUAGUCAGUUCCCCAGUCAGCCCAGCCAGUCCACAGCCAAGAAAUACGACAAGUGGACAAACGAUCAACAGCGCUACUUAAUACAGUUAUGGGCAGAUAA